AUGUCACAGAGGGUUCGCAGAAUUGAGCCACUUCCCUCUGAAGUGGUGGAGAAACUCAAGUCCUCUACAUCCAUUACACACCUGAAUGACGUAAUUGUUGAACUGGUUAAGAAUGCGUUGGACGCGAAUGCCAACACGGUCUAUGUGACCGCUGAUUUCAAACGAGGUGGCUGCAUCGUGGAUGAUGACGGGGAUGGAAUCCCGCCGACGGAGUUUGAAUCCAAUGGAGGCUUGGGGAAAUCCUAUCAUACUUCAAAGCUUUUUUCAGAAAGAGACGUUUAUGGUCGAAGAGGCUCGUUUUUAGCUUCAUUGUCUUCCCUCUCGUUAUUGACCAUCACGUCUCAACAUGUGCAUUAUUCAAGCACGAGUACUGUCAUCUUCCACCAUUCGACGCCGGUAGCUCGUCUGAUCCCGGCUCCAGCCCCAGGGUUGAGAUUUAGAAAUCAUGGAACCAGUGUUACCGUCAAUGACCUUUUUGGGAAUAUGCCUGUGCGCGUGAAAAAUCGAGCACUCGCCCUCCAAAAACUUGAUCGCCAGUGGGACGAGCUGAGGCAACUGCUGGUCUCGCUCAUCCUGGCAAACAAUAGCUUGGCCAAACUGGUAGUCUAUGACGCCAGUAGAGACCGAAAACUCAUAAUUCGUCCCCGGACUGGGGGCAAAAGAACCGACGGUGAGUUGGACCUCCAGCGCGUAGGAUCAAUCCUUGCACAAGCAGGCUUGAUUGAACCUCGAACCAUUGAUUGCUGGAAUGCCGUAUCGGCUUGCGUCCCGGAUCUCUCAAUUCAUGCUGCCAUAUCCCUUGUGCCCAGCCCUACCAAAAAGGUCCAGUUUAUAUCUGUUGGAAUAGACCCAGUCUUCCCACGGAAUUGUACAAACUUCUUUUUCGGCGAAAUAAAUCGGCUAUUCUCCCUAUCAGAUUUCGGUACUAUAGGAGCAGUUCCGGUGCCCACUCAUGAGACAAGCUCAGUGGAACCUCCUGGAGACUAUAAUACGAAGAUGAAGUCAGCGGCUAAGACUGUUAACAAGUGGCCUAUGUUCUACGUGCGGAUAGACACAAACGCCCCGCAGAAGUUUCGUGGCGAAGGUCAGGGUGUUCCAGAGUCGGACAAAUCCGUCCAGCAUAUCUUGGAUGUUCUCUCGGCGAUGAUAAAUGAAUUUUUGAAACAGCACGGUCUACUUCCACGCGCCGCGAAGCGGAAAAGGAAGGGAACUCACGUGCAAGAGGAUCCGGGAGAAGGUAGCAAAUCAACGGUUGCGCCACAUUGUUUAAAUACAGCUAUCGGUACCGAAGAAGCAUUGAACAUCAAACUUCCAGAUUUUUCGAAAUUCCCCAGGGGUAUCGGUCGAGACUUAGGGAGUUGGUCCAGGGUCAAAAGCGCCAAAGAGUCAAACAACACAGAUUUUACAGAUCGUUCACAGGGUAACUACGCGGGCCUCCCAUUGGGAACUGUCAACGUAGAGCCGGUUACCAAGCGGCCCACCCAAAAAUCUCCAUUGUCAAUAUCAAAAGUGGCUGCGGAAUCAAGCUCUGGAGUACAGCAGCAAGUGGACAUAGAUGCCGCUUCUCCAAGGUUUGGCAAUAUGGAUACGUUGGGGACAGAUAAGGUAGUUCCCUGGACCGAUCCUCAUACCGGAAGAAGUCAUUUGGUCAAUUCGCGAACCGGUCAAUCAGUCAAUGUGGAGCCAUCCUUGACUGCGGCUCUAAUGGACCAGAGACCUCAAUCGACAGGAUGCCUCCAGUCAGUACGGAUACGGGAAAAUUCAGAGCAGCCAAGAUCGGCAAUGUCUGUCCGAACUCAGAACACAUGGGCUGAGAAUCUUUUGGACCGCUGGGAAAACCCUGCUCUUCGUCGUCCCGAACAACCCAUACAUGCAAUUGCCACAGGUCGCGAAAGCGUAGCUGAUAGCCUGGAAGCUAGGGUCCGCGACAGUUUAGGUGGGUUGUGCGGUUUUAACACUUUGGGGCUUUCGAAGUUUGGGGGAAAACUACACAAGCAAGACCUUGAGAGAGCAGAGGUCGUCUCUCAAGUUGAUCAGAAAUUCAUAUUGGCAAAGCUUAGACCAACACCUGCUCACAAGGCGGGACGAGACUCCGGCGCUACUUUGGUCCUUGUCGACCAACAUGCUGCGGAUGAGCGUUGUCGCAUCGAAGGGCUUUUCGAGGAGCUAUUUAGUUCUUCAAAGGGCGACUCUAGACCAAUCCAGACGGUCUCCCUGGAGCGUAUGGUGUUUGAGAUACCGCCUACCGAGAAGUCACUGUUUGUAGAAAAUACGGAAUAUUUUGGAUCCUGGGGGUUUGAUUACACCGUUGAGCAGAAAGCAGGGGAGCAAUCUGCUUUUAUCUUUGUUCAUACAAUUCCUGUGCUUAUUGCCGAACGAUGCCGGAUCGAGCCGGAUCUAGUCAUCGAGGUGAUUCGCACAGAGAUUUGGAAGCGAGAGGAAACAGGCCGGCUACUUGGGAAAACAGACGAGGGCCAGGGAUGGGUGGGACGACUCAAGGGCUGUCCCCAGGGGUUGGUCGACUUGCUGAACUCACGCGCUUGUCGGACGGCAAUCAUGUUCAAUGAUAAGCUAACUAUCGAUGAAUGCCAGAAAUUGGUGCAACGAUUGGCUCGGUGCGUGUUUCCAUUUCAGUGUGCGCAUGGACGACCAUCAAUGAUUCCGCUACUAGUUAUGGCACAUGAAUUGGAUGGAGAUGGAGAUGGGGAGGUUUUAGAUGGUCGUGGAUUUUUGGAGGCGUUUAAAAGUUGGUAUUGA